AUGGCGAAAUUCAAGCUUCGGAUCUUCCAAUCCUGCCGAUCUAAAGAUCCGUCAACUCUGCCGGAGCACCCCGUUCCGGCAUUUCAACGCCACAAUAUCUUCACCGUCGAUUUCCCACCGCCGCCGACCUCCAAACAACAACAACAGCCCCAUCGCUCUUCCUUCAAAAGUCAGGUCUCAUCCGCCUUUGGAUGCGGUUCUAAAUCCGGUGAUCAGUCUGACUCCGAAUACUUCCAGUGGCAAGAGGACGACCAAUGGCAUGUUGUGGCGAAAAUCUACGAUGUUGAGUCACCUCGCCGGAAAAUCUAUAACUCAUCCGUUUCCGGUGGUGAUACCGAUGACGACGGUUUUCCGCUCCCGUUGCUUCCUUUGCCUCCGGUGGACAAGAAGAAAAGGCGUCGUGGGAGGAGAGUGAAGUUAAACAAAUUAAGAAACAUCAGUACCUCCUCCGUCGAUAGCGGCCUUUUCAGCAGCGAAUACAGCAUAGACGAGCGAGGUGAAGGCGGAGAUGGCGAGGGAGAUGGGGAGGAAGACGAAACGGAAACCCUAAUUUCCUCUUCUAGAAGCUUCUCAACCGACUCAUCAACAGAUUUCAACCCUCAGCUAGAAACCAUACGUGAAAGCGCGCCAAUUUCACUCUCCAACCGCUACAAACUCAAAAAGAAGCGAACUUCGUCAUCGAAACGUAACAACCGAGACGGCGGAGGAGGAGGAAUGAUGAUGAUGAUGUGCAGAGGCGGUUCCGGUACUUCUCCUGAAUGGGGAUCUCCGGCGAGACUGUCGGCGUUCAACAAACUGAUACCAUGUAAAGUAGAAGGGAAGAUGAAGGAAAGCUUCGCGGUGGUGAAGAGGUCGGAGGAUCCAUACGAAGACUUCAAGAGAUCGAUGAUGGAGAUGAUAAUGGAGAAACAGAUGUUUGAAGAGAAUGAUUUGGAGCAACUUUUACAGUGUUUCUUGUCGUUGAAUUCAAGAUUUCACCAUGGCGUGAUUGUGGAAGCUUUCUCGGAGAUUUGGGACACCAUGUUUCGUGAUCAUUGAA